AUGGCCGAAGCAAACGAAUCCAAGCCGACAGUCCCGGUUGCGCGCUCAACCAAGCCCGUGAGCGAGGCUCUCCUUAAUGAGAAGUGGGACCGCGCCAUCUCGUCUUUGAUCGUCCGCUCUUCUAUCGGCCUCGGAUUCGGUGUUGUUCUCUCAGUUCUUCUCUUCAAGCGGAGAGCCUGGCCAGCCUGGGUCGGUCUCGGUUUUGGCGCUGGUCGCGCAUAUGAGGAAGCCGAUUCUGCUUUCCGGCGAGGCGAUGGCCCUGUCACCAGUGCUGUGCAUCAAUCUAGGUCGUGA